UUGCAUCAGGGAUGUAAAUCUACGGAUGUAUAGUAAAGCGAAUUUCCGUGUGAAUCACCUCAUCCUUUUCAAACUGAAGAUAAUGUUGUCGCCUAAGUUUUUGAUCAAGAUCGCUGAGGCUUUAGUUAACUAUUACCAAAUUUAAAUAUCUUCCAUGUAUGUUAACUCUAUUAUAAGAGGUGGUAAAACAGCUGAAGGAUUCUUUCAACUAAAUUCUAUGUAUACAACAAAGGAAAGACAGAAUUUGACUCUUGCUAUUUGUCUUCUCACCAUCUUUUAUACAACUCUAGGAUUAUUCUUUAGCUUCACAUUCUGCCUAUUUUUAUUUUAGGUUUCAAAAAUAGGCAUAUAUAUUUAUGAUUUGGCAAGUAGUUUCUGUUUGUGGGUGUACAACAACAUGAAUAUUUGAAUAUUAUUUCAUUUAAAACUCAUCAAUUCUUGCCCAAAAAACCUGAGAGUCCAACCGCACCAAGGAGAAGCUUUCUUCAUAAAGCAGUUCAACAAUAAGAGAGAAAGGGGGGAAUCAUGAAGGAAUCCACCUUCGAGAGAUUGAGAAGGAAUCCAACUUACUCUAAACAUACAAAGAAAUUCAUCUUUAAAAAAAAUGCUAAUUCAUUUAUUCCAAACUGUCAUCAUUUGAAAGAUCUACAAUGAGAUUGUUAUAUACAUAGGCAAAUUUAGAGAGUAUAAAAAGAUAUAAUGAUUAAGAAAACGGGUGCCUAUGCAACUCAAAUACUCAUUUCAAAACAAUAAAAAAUUCUAGCUAUCAGAACAAGCAUGCUUGUAUUUCUGCAUGCAAAAUAUUCCCUAUUGCCGCUUUUUUAGAUGUUUGAGAAGGACGGCUUACUUUCAAAAUUUAUAGUAUCACCAUCAUACAAUUCUUUGAAUGUGACAAAUCCACUACUUCACUUGCAUAGUGGUAAACAAAUCAUGUUUUUACCAAGAAUUAUUCACCACUUGAUUUAGAACACUUGCUUGUGCUUAUUCGAAAAAAUAUACACUUGAAAAAAUUUGAUCCAUUUCUUCAAAUAAGAAAUAACAUAAGCCUUCCUAGAGCCUUCUGAUUUCAUAACAAAUCAAAAUUUUAAAAGAAAUCAACUAUCCUAUUCUUUAUAAGAUUUGGGGUUACAUAAGUUUGAAAGAGUCUAGGGUUAUCUUUAUUCCAUCUUUAACAAAAGAGUCGGUAUCCUUUCUUUUGAUCAUGCAUAAAGUAUGUCAUGCCAUACUUUAUUUUUUGUAAUGAAUGUGAAUGGAAAAUCAAGGAGACAAUGUUUAUUGACUUUUAGUUCUUUGACCUUUUGAAGCCAAGAAAAAUUUAUAGGGUUUAGGCUGCUCCGCCUCCUUGAGCAUAAUUUCUCUAUCAUAAUUUGAGCUGCAUAUUCUUACAACUUUCUCCAUCAUUGAUACUACCAUAAACUUUGCCAUGAGAAAUAAAUCUAGUAUGGAAAAUGUUGUUGGGAAGACAAUCAUUAUCAUCUUGAAUUAGAGAAGUUUUCAAAGCUUGAUGAGCAAAAAAAGUUUCACAAAUAUGACCAUACGUGAGAUUAUCCACUUAAAUCUUCCAUCAUACUUUGAAGUCACAUUUUUUUUUUCUUUUUGAAUAAUAUGAAAUAGUAUAACCAUAGCUUUUGCAUUUAAACAUUCCAUGGAUGCCCAUAUAUAUCUCUUGAUUGUGGUGGGCUUAUCAGGCUUAUCAGGAUAAGUAGUCUUGGGCUGGGGAACUUUGUGCUUUAUGAAAUUCUUCCAUGAACACAAGAUUGAGGCCCACCAACAUUCAUAAACUGUUGAGCCCUCUUUUGCCUUGAGUUGUUUCUCCACAUCUGUAGCUAACAUAAGAAUAUCAUUUUAAGAAUAAAAAAGUUGAGCAUUGAUGACAUAACUCCUCUUUUGCCUUAAAUAUGUAAGAUAUCACACUAUUAUUUAUUCCAUUGGCUUGGGAAUGCUAUAUUUGAUCAUAAGUUGAUUGAACUCCUUUGUGCAUUCUCCAACAAAACAGAGGACAACACUGAGGGAUCAUGUUUUCAUCGGAUUAUAAAGGGUUUCAUGAUUCAAGGAGGAGAUAUAUCUGCUGGUGAUGGAACUGGAGGAGAAUCCAUUUACGGACUUAAGUUUGAGGAUGAAAAUUUCAUAAUAAAACAUGAAAGAAAAGGAAUGCUCUCAAUGGCCAAUUCUGGUUCUAACACAAACGGGUCUCAAUUCUUUAUUACUACAACUCGAACAUCUCAUAUAGAUGGAAAACAUGUUGUUUUCGGGAAGGUGCUUAAGGGCAUGGGAGUGGUUCGUUCAAUUGAGCACACUCCUGUUGGUGAUGCUGAUUAUCCUACCAUGGAUGUCGUGAUUACGGACUGUGGAGAACUUCCUGAGGAUGCUGAUGAUGGUGUAACAAAUUUUUUCAAAGAUGGCGACUCGUACCCUGAUUGGCCAAUUGAUGUAGAUGACAAGCCAACUGAGGUUUCUUGGUGGAUGAAUGCUGUGGAGGCUGCCAAAAUAUUUGGAAACAAUUAUUUCAAGAAACAAGAUUACAAGAUGGCGCUUAGAAAAUACAGGAAAGCUUUGCGCUACUUGGAUGUAUGCUGGGAAAAAGAAGAGAUCAAUGAAGAGAAGAGUUCAUUGUUGAGGAAGACAAAGUCCAUCAUAUUGACAAAUAGUUCUGCUUGCAAGUUAAAGUUAGGAGAUUUGAAAGGUGCUCUAUUAGAUGCCGACUUUGCAAUACGGGAGAGAGAGAAUAAUGCAAAAGCUUAUUUCCGGCAAGGGCAGGCGCACACAGCACUUAACGAUGUGGAUGCUGCUGUUGAGAGCUUCAGAAAAGCCUUAGAGUUGGAGCCCACUGAUGGGGGCAUAAAGAAGGAGCUUGCAGCUGCAAAAAAGAAGAUUGCUGAUAGGCGAGAUCAGGAACGGAAGGCUUACUCCAGAAUGUUCCAGACCUCUGCCAAGUCGGAUGCUUCAACUGAGGUGAUCCAAAUGAUAAAAUUGUCUGAAAAGUCUGCUCUGAAUUCUGUGGACGAAUUUCUUAGUACAUUUCCUAUAUUUGCUUCAAAUGUUUUGAUCAAUCCCUCCAUAUCCAUGGAGCCGGCACUAAGAGGGCAGCUAAGAUAACGGAUCUAUCUUUUU